GUAACGGCUUGUUUAAUGGAUCGAUUGGUAUCUUAUACGUGGCAGUAGACUAUAGUUUUCCAUCUGGCAUAUUUAUCAACUAUGAUGCUUUACGCUGGCAUAUUUAUUUUGUUGUUUCAAGUUGUAAUUUCAGAAAGAAGUAACAGGAAAUCUGCCAUUUUUAAAGAAAACGAAUUAGACAUUAUUUCAAAAAACGGUGAUGAAAAAUCAUUAAGAAUAAGAAAAAAACGAGAUUCCUCUGAUGAUUUAUUGUCUGAGAAGGCAAAAAAUGAUAAGCGUAUUAUUGAUGAUUUUAUCAACGAUUUACCCGACACAACUGAGGAGUCUGAUUUAGACGACGGAGAUGGGAAGUUAUCUGAUCUCGGGAUAUUUGAUGUUGUCACUGACACAGUCCUUUCUUCUUUGAAUUUCAUACGGUCAAAAAUAAAGAAUGGCUUUCGUUGGGCUUGGGGAGGUUAUAGCUAUAUUUGAAGACUCCAGCUAGCUGUUAUCAACAAUAAAAAAUUAUCACUGUAAGAGAAAUCAAUUAUUAAGUCCAUAGAUGUUUCAAAUAAAAUAAAUAAAUAAAUUUAUAA